AAACCCAAAACGCAAAUUUAUUAUUGUGUGGGGGGCAAUGGAACAUGAAGCAUGAUUAUGGUCCUUUAAAAAAUAAAUAAAUUAAAUUAAUUAAAAUACAUCUUUCAAUGAUGCAUGGGGAUCCGGCAUGCGUGGCGCGUGCCACCACACCAUCAUGUUUGAAUCGGAGACGUGCUGUGAACCGUAGGAACCAGGGUGGAUCCUCUGCAUCCACAUCAUAGUGGCGGAAAGUGGAAACUCUAGAGUGGCAGUCACUCAGACCCCAACUGUUCGCUUUGGUGUGCGGAUCAAGAAACCAAGAAACAUCACAUCCCACGAUCGGAUCAGCCUGUGGGUCCGCGUCUUAUCAGUGGUCGCAUCCGCUGCCAUCAGCGGAGCUUGAUGGUCCCGCACUGUAGGCUGCCAUUUUGCGUGGGUGUGGCUCAGCAGCAUGGAGAUUAAUGCGGACCAGCAUAUCCGCAGAGCGAAAAUGACUUGUCAGGGGACACGUGGUGGAGAUUCAUUGGAAAACGACGGAAGAAUGUGAAAAAGUGAUGAUGCGUGCUUCAUUCAUUUUCACCCCGUAUACCGAUCUGAAGGGUUACUUUCAUCUACGUGGACGAGAAAGCGAGAGAAAAUGAGAGAAAGAGAGUGGAAAAUCUCGGUAAAGGUGAGAGAUGGAUGACAGAUGGGUAGAUCAUAGAUGAUAUCAUGAUGAGUUCAUGGAAGUAGGGAUCAGGGUAACUGCGGUGAGCGCGGCUGCAGUAGAGCAGAGGCAUAGAACAGUAGACAGAUACAUAGAUACGGCAGCAGUACAUGCAAGAGAGAAGGGAGAAGAAGUGAAUGAGAAGAGAAUUUUUUUUUUUUUUUCUUUCACUGUAUUUUUGCUGUUGAAUUCGCUUCUUUCACAGUUCACACCCAAUAAUACCUGCAGAUACGAAUGCCCUUUUUUUUUUCUUUUUUUUCUUUUCUUUUCUUUUCUUUUCGCCACUACUGUUGUUGGGUUAGAAAACGUAAAGGUGACGCCUCUCUCUCUUUCUCAGUCUCUCUCAUUCUAAAAAGUCAUGGUACAUGAUACUCGAAAUCCAAGCCUCAUUUACCUUUCCUCUCUCUGCUCUCCGUUUUUUCAAAUCUCUGUGUUGCUGUUUGUUUCUUCCCAUUUCAGGUGCAUAACAGAUAGUAACGCAUUUUUCUUGAAUCUGAAACAAUCUAUAUACUGAGAGUGGUAGGUUGAAGAGGGGCGGGGAAGAAGCCAUGAAGGAGAGGGGCAAGGCUGUGGAGACGUACGGUGGGAGCUGCUUUGCGGACUACUACUCUACAUCCGAUCUUCCAUGCAGAAAACACCCAUCUUCGUCUUCUGUGGGGAUCUGCGCUUAUUGUCUCAAGGAUCGUUUGAUCAAGCUUGUGUGCUCCGACUGUGGGGAGCAGCGGCUUUCUUCUUGCUCCUGCUCUGAGAUUUCUUCCAUUCCCAAUUCCUGUACUGUGGAGGUGGGGAGCGUUGGGAGAAUCUCGUUCUUGAUUGAGAACGAGAGGGGUGAGGUUUCGCAUUCGAAUUCGAAGCUCAAGAGCGAGGAGAAAUCGGAGCAGGUCGUGCUGCUCAAGAGGAGUAGCAGCAGCAGUGUUGAGAUCAAGAGAAGUAGGUUUUGGGGAAUUGGGAGGCUCUUCAGGAAGAAAAGAGACAAGGGUUUUGAUGAUAAGAGUGAGGGUUGGAUGUUUGAUUAUAUGGGUGUGUCCAGGUCUAGGUCUCUCUGCAGUUUCAGAGGUGGUGGAUACAACGAAUCAGAAGACGGCGAUUUGGCUCACUCACACGCUAGAACAUCUGGCGUUAAUGGAGCUCUACCUUUUGAUUUAGAUAAGAAGAGCGGUUUCAGCGAAGAAGAAGCAAGAAGAAGCGGCUUCAGUUGCCCUGAGAAGAAAGAUUAUGAUGCUUUAGACUCCAAAACUGGUCUUGAUUUCAAGGCUGUGAAGAAGGGUUCCAGCUUGUUGGAGCUCGAGACUCGUCUCAAAGGCGCAAAACGAAGCGGUUUUCCAUUAAAGGAAAGCGAUUUCAGCGGCCUAGACGACUCAGGCUUCAUCGAUUUGAAACUCGAUUUCUCAUCAGAAUCAAAGCCGGACAUCUUUUCUCUGAAAAUGGGUGCUCUCUCAGAAUCAGGAUCUUGUUUCAGCAGCAUGAGAGGCGGUGGCCAUGAUCAAUGUGGAGGUUGCUCCUUCGGGAAUUUAAUAGGAGACGACGAUGGAGCUUUCAGUAAUGGCGGAACUUCAUGUAGGAUUACAGUGAAUGAGAGAGGCAUCAAAAAGGGUAGGAAAAGCUUGAAGGUGUGGAGAUGGAUUCUCAGGAACCACCCCAGUUGGGUUAGCACCACUGCGAGAAAGAAGAACGAAGAUCAGAUAUUGAAAUCCUGAAUCAGUACUGAGACAGAUGAAGGGGCUACAAGGAUCAAAGGAGAGAGAACUUUUUGUUCAAAAGGCCAGAGAAUUUGAUGUGUAUUUUAUAGUCUCUCUUCCUUGGAAAUUUUCCUGUAUUCACUUGAUUGAGUUCAUGGCUGAAUCUUAAUCCCAUCAAAAGAGAAAAGGUUUGUGAAUUA